CCCCGCAGCCUCUGCCGCCCAAGAAACAGGGCGCGAGGAAGAGAGCGAUCGAUGGCGAUGCCGGACGAGGCGGCGAUGAAGAAGUCGGCGUGGACCAAGGAGGAGGACGCCGCGCUGCGGGAGCAGGUGCGGGCGCACGGCCCGCAGAACUGGGCGGCCAUCAGCGCCGCGCUGCCCGGGCGCAACCCCAAGUCGUGCCGCCUCCGCUGGUGCCAGCACCUGACCCCCGUCGUCGACGCCGUGAGGCCCUUCACCCCCGAGGAGGACGAGAAGAUCGCCUGCCUCCACCGCCUGUACCCCAACAAGUGGGCCACCAUCGCGGGCUUCCUCCCCGGCCGCUCCGACAACGCCGUCAAGAACCGCUGGAACUCCGUCCUCGGCAAGCAGCCGCAGCCGCAGCAGUGGGCGGCCGCUGCCCCACUCCGCCGCAUCUCCGACGGGACGCUCCCGCUGUUCCCUGUCGCUUCGGGGGAUGUCAUGGCGUUCGGCCGGAGCGUCCGGGUGCUCCGCCGCCCGCCGCCCGGCGACGCGGGGGCUGAUCUGAGCGGCGCGUGCCUGAAGCUGUUCCCGCUGGCGCCAGGGGACCUCGUCGGGGGCAACGACACGAGCGAGGCGGGCGAGAUGGAUGUGGAUCGCGGCGACGACGGCCCGACGGUCGCCGAGCUGAGGCUCUGGCCGUGCACGAGGGCCGCCUCUAUGGCGGCGUUCAAGGCGAUGGUGCAGGCAGUUCGAGCGCCCUAGAUCCUCUCGUCUUUGCCUGAAUUUCUGUUGCUCUUUGACCUGCUGAGCGAUGGAUGAUUUGUAACGGAUUUCCUUGGCCGACCGAACUUCCGAUGGAGGAUAGUGGAUCGUACUAGCAAUCUGGCUACAACUUAAAGUUUUGUUGUCUUCCAAUUUUUGAGACUGCAUUUGGAGGGAUUGUGCUGA